AAUGUAUUUCACUUAGCCACGUGGCCAUUUCAGAUCAUUGACACGGGCGCCAUCUCAGCGGUGCAGCUGGAAGCAGUGGUGUAUGCAUGCCAGGCGCACGAGUUACGUCUUCCGACCAACGAAAGAAUGGGCUACCUCAUCGGUGACGGGGCCGGUGUGGGCAAGGGCCGAACGAUUGCUUGUAUUAUAUAUGAGAACUAUCGACUUGGUCGCAAACGUUCCAUUUGGUUGAGUGUUUCUGCAGAUCUGCGAUACGACGCAGAAAGGGAUUUAAGAGAUAUUGGCGCAGGGAAAAUCAAGGUUUGUACAUUAUUUUAA